AAGUUCUCAAUCGCACGCUCGCUAUUUCAAAGUGAUUGAAACUAUCGUCUCUAGUUCCUGCCGUUGCGAAUCACGGUCGAAAUAAAAAUCGUAGCACGUUUUAGCUUUGAAGCGUUUCCUCGUAAAAUGUUGGCGAGCUCCAACAGUUGACGGCGGCGGCGUCCUCAAAGGAUAGAGUGUUGUGUUGUUACGUAUGUGCUGAAAAGACGUCCUCCCUCGUUUCUCACGCCUACAGUAAUGCAGCGUUGCAUCGUUUUUGCGGGGAGACAUCUGCCGACCUGCGGCGUAACCUGCAGUGCCACAAGAGCAGCGUCAACAAAGCCGACAGAGUCGAAGAUAUUGGAAAAACUGAAGGAAGCUCUCAACCCGCAAGAACUACUGGUUGAAAACGAAAGCCACAUGCACAAUGUCCCCAAAGGGUCUGAGACGCACUUCCGGGUGACUGUCGUGUCGUCCGCAUUCGAGGGUAAAAGUUUAGUGCAGCAACACGCCAUGGUGUACGCUGCAUUAAAAGAGGAGCUCAAGAACCCCGUUCACGCCCUCGCAGUUGAGACCUCGACGCCGGACAAGUGGCAAUCGAAGACUGGAAAAUCGCCGCCUUGCCUCGGAGGAAUGAAGAGGGAGAAGCGAGACAGGGAUUGAACCGUAUAGUUGUAGCGGAAGCGACUGUGGUGUUUGCAUAGCGCUAGAGGACGGCGGCAGUGAUGUACAACACGGGGGGAAAAAAGGACAUAAGAUUGUUAUGGGUAUGCGCUUGUAUAGUUCCCUUAAUUAAAGUUACGCUGUUCAUUACGUGACGAA